AUGCAUGGGGGCAAGAGAGGACUGGUGGCUCCGCAGAACACUUUUCUGGAAAAUAUUGUCCGGCGCUCCAGCGAAACCAGUUUCCUGUUGGGAAAUGCACAGAUCGUGGAAUGGCCGGUCGUUUACAGCAACGAUGGAUUCUGCAAGCUGUCUGGAUACCACAGAGCCGAAGUCAUGCACAGAAGCAGCUCGUGCAAUUUCAUGUAUGGUGACCUGACUGAUAAGAAGACUAUAGACAAAAUCAGACAGACCUUUGAUAACUAUGAGUCCCAUUUCUACGAGGUGCUGCUCUAUACAAAGAAUAGGACACCGAUAUGGCUCUACAUGCAGGUAGCUCCAAUCAGAAAUGAGGACAACAAGGUGGUGCUUUUCCUCUGCACCUUCAGAGACAUUACGCUUUUCAAACAGCCGAUUGAAGAUGAAACAACUAAAGGAUGGACAAAGUUUGCCAGACUGACGCGGGCACUGACCAACAAUCGCAACCUGGUGCAACAGUUAGCUCCUCUGAGCACUGAGGUCAGCCACAAGCCCUCCAGACUGGCUGAGGCUCUUCAGCUGGGAUCAGACAUCCUCCCUCAGUACAAACAGGAGGCCCCCAAGACCCCUCCACACAUCAUCCUCCACUACUGCACCUUCAAGACCACCUGGGACUGGGUCAUCCUCAUCCUGACCUUCUACACAGCCAUCAUGGUGCCGUACAACGUCUCCUUCAAGACAAAGCAAAACAAUUUGGCCUGGCUGGUGCUGGACAGCGUCGUGGACAUCGUCUUCCUGAUUGACAUUGUGCUCAACUUUCACACCACCUUUGUGGGUCCUGCUGGGGAGGUCAUUUCAGACGCGAAGCUCAUACGAAUGAAUUACCUGAAGACGUGGUUCGUCAUCGACCUGCUGUCCUGUCUGCCCUAUGACAUCAUCAACGCCUUUGAACACGUGAAUGAGGGUCUCAGCAGUCUGUUCAGCUCCCUGAAGGUGAUCCGCUUGCUCCGGUUGGGCCGAGUGGCCCGUAAGUUGGACCACUACCUGGAGUACGGAGCAGCCGUCCUGGUUCUGCUGGUGUGCGUCUUCGGUCUGGUGGCCCACUGGUUGGCCUGCAUCUGGUAUAGCAUUGGGGACUACGAAGUCAUUGAUGAGGCCACCAACACCAUUAAGACGGACAGCUGGCUCUACCAGUUGGCCCUGAGCAUUGGGACCCCUUACCGCUACAACGUCAGCGGUACGGGACAGUGGGAGGGGGGCCCAAACAAGGACACGCUGUACAUUUCUUCUCUCUACUUCACCAUGACGAGUCUCACCACCAUCGGAUUUGGCAACAUCGCUCCGGCCACAGAUGGAGAGAAGAUUUUCUCCGUGGCUAUGAUGAUGGUGGGCUCGCUGCUAUAUGCAACCAUUUUUGGAAAUGUCACCACCAUCUUCCAGCAGAUGUACACCAACACAAACCGCUACCAUGAGAUGCUCAACAACGUACGCGACUUCCUGAAGCUUUAUCAAGUUCCCAAAGGUCUGAGUGAGAGGGUGAUGGACUUCAUCGUCUCCACCUGGGCCAUGUCUAAGGGCAUUGACACGGAUAAGGUUCUCUCAAUUUGUCCCAAAGACAUGCGGGCGGACAUCUGCGUCCACCUCAACAGGCAGGUGUUCAACGAUCACCCGGCGUUUCGUCUGGCGAGCGACGGCUGUCUGCGCUCUCUGGCUGUGGAGUUUCAGACCACACACUGUGCACCCGGAGACCUCAUCUUCCACAUCGGAGAGAGCGUAGACACCCUCUGCUUUGUGGUCUCCGGCUCACUAGAAGUCAUCCAGGACGAUGAGGUCAUCGCAAUACUCGGUAAAGGUGACGUGUUUGGAGACGUGUUCUGGAAAGAGACCACGCAGGCCCGGGCUUGUGCAAACGUCCGAGCUUUGACUUACUGUGACCUCCACGUCAUCAGGAGGGACGCUCUGAUGAGGGUGCUGGAGUUUUACACGGCGUUCGCCAACACGUUCUCCCGCAACCUCAUCCUCACCUGCAAUCUACGGAAACGGGUCAUCUUCAGAAAGAUUGCCGAUGUGAAAAGGGAGCGGGAGCACCAGAGGAACGAGGUGACUCUCUCCAUUCCUGAAGACCACCCAGUCCGCAAGCUGUUCCAGAGGUUCAGACAGCAGAGAGACGUUCAACCACCGGGAGAGUCUCACUCUUACUUCGAUCAUAACUGUGUACAGGUGGAGCCGCAGCACCACCGUCACUCCGAAUCAAACUCUUACACACAGUGUCAGUCAGUAUCUUCUCAGCAGCAGGAGUACAGCUCCAUCGUGCAGAAUAAUGCACCAUGCUCAGGAGGGGGGAAUGCAGGCAGCGGCUGCAGCAUGGCUGCACCUCCACAAGCAUUUGUCCAGACAGAGACUGCAGAGCAAAGCUGCACACAAAAGGCUGGGGAGUCUACAGAGAGUCCUGGUGCAGAGAGUCAGCUCUGUCAGAGGGUCAACAGCCCGGUGAAGAGCAGUGGUGCAGGUGGAGAGGGAGCUGUAGGUGGCGUUCCUGGCAGCAGAGGUGUUCGAGGCUGGGCAAAGUUUAAAAACGCCGCUUCGACUGCACCACCGCCUCCUAAUGUCGAAAAGAAGCCACAUAAAGCAGAGGAGUGGCAGAAAGGAUCCCAGUCCUCAGAGCAGUUAGCAGCCAACAACAAGAACCAGGAUUUGGAGGAAAGUGGAGAGAUGGGGAUCAAAGAGAGGGGCAACAGUGCUGGAGAGGCAGGUGAAGAAAUAAGCGCCAUGCACAAAACUGACUCCUGUGACAGUGGCAUCACUAAGAGCGAUCUACGAAUUGACAGAGCCGGAGAUUCAAGAAGCUCCUUUGAGAGGAGCCCGAUGGAAAGGAGCCCUCUUGAGAGGAACCCGUUUGAGCACAGCCUCGGGGUCGACUCCCUCAAACAGUCUUUAGCUCAGCCGGUGUCUGAACAAGCGCUCCUUCAAGCCACGCUGCAUGAGGCCAAGCUGGAGCUGAAGGGAGACAUUCAGAAACUGAGCGGCCGCCUGUCGGUGCUCGAGUCUCAGGUGAGCGAGAUCCUCAGGCUGCUGUCGAUGAAAAGAAGACUCUCACUGCCUCCGAACUCUUCCCCGAAGACCAGGGUGAAAUAUCAAGACUCAGUCGCUGCGUCCAAGCCCGUCACACCAAAGGAAGACGAUGGGCCUUUUUGAAUUUAAUGAUUUGAAAGACCAUAACCUGGAUCUCCUCAAAACUGAUUUACAUAAG